GAAGGUGUGUAGGCAUAUGAAUGGCGUCCACUGCGGCACCAACCCAAAGUCGCCACUCUUUGUCGGUCAUCACGUCCAAAGCCCCACGCUGUUGCCUCCAUCGGGCGCCAAAUCAACCUCGCCUCUUCUCUCUUCCUUCAAACCCUUUCUCUUCACCUACACGCCGAACCAACCCCUCUCGAUCUUCUCAUGCAUUCUCUUCCAUCAAUUUCUUCUUCCACAACCUCAGUUUUCUCAUUCAUGUUUCUUUCACGCUGGUCGGAGUGAUCGAGAUUAGGGUUUCGCUUCUGCAAUCUCGUUUCUCUCUUCUCGUAUGUUUUUGUUUGCUGUGUGAUCAGAAUGUCUUGGGCGUUGACGCCUCGGAGCUCUGCUUAUCUUAGCGCUUUGUCUCUGAAGAUUGAGAAGAAGCUUCAGCGGGCAUUAGCUUCUUCAUCCCAGAGGCGAGAUGUGCUGCAAGAAUUGUUUGCUGAUGUAGCAUUAGAAGUAGAUGACCGAGCCAAAGAAAUAAUUCUCAGCAGGGAGGAAGAUGCGAUUGCACCCAUGGAGAAUGGAAUGGAUGGUCCAUUAUGCUUUUACGAUGUUCUUGCUGAUUAUUAUGUUCAGGUGCCAGAAAGCGGGAAACCAAUCCUUGAUUUGAUUGUCAAACUGUGGAGCCAGUCAUUUACAUGUCAUAUUUUCACCCUCUUAUUCCACAAAUGGCUAUUUGAAAUAGAAAUUGACAAUUCAGAUGAAGUUCAUCUCCGUAACUCAGCAGCUCUUGUUCAAGGUGCCACAAAUAUCUUCUGGCUUGAUAUUCAGGCCAACACUUGUCGAUUUAAAUCUCUCUUUCAUUACCUUCUUGAAGAAGUUGCAUUUCAACCUGUCAGAUUGAACAAAAUUCCCAUACAGGUUCAAAGAGAUCUUUUUCUUUUACUUUCACGGUUCUUAAUUUUAUAUGAUUCAGAUGAUAAGCUCGAGAGGUUUUUAAAGCAAUUUCCCCCUUUCCCGAAUGCCAUACUAGUUGGUGGUCCAGCUGACUUGUUUGUGAUUGAACUUACUGAUCAGAUUCAAAAGUUGAAGGUGGAACCAGUACUGCUGCAUUAUCUUUCACACCUGACUGUUCUCCAAGGCUUGGAACUCAGAAUGACCACAAGUACAAGGCUAAAAACUUGUUUGUAUAGCUUCACCUCUCCCGGUGGCCCCAUGUAUCCUACCAGAGCUGUUCGACAUGCUGCAUGGGACGCUCUGGAUUUUCUCUUCCCAGUGGGACGAUAUCCUAGGCAUCUAAUAAGCCUAUUUUUCAGAUUGUUGUAUCCAUGGUACUGGCCUUCAUCUUGUUGGAACUUCGUAAUAUCAUGUAUAAGGGCAGUAUUUUUCUCCUUGUUUCGGCUGGUGUUUUCUAGAUUUGAGAAUCCAAAACAGCACAAGUCUUACUAGGCACAGAAACCAAGUUUGUAUAUGUACACAAAGACAUGUUUUCCCCUCAGGUCAUGCUGCCCCCAACGGCCCCCACUUUCUGUUGGGGGCUGUGUAUUGAUAUCUUUUACUCCUUCAAAACCAUCGUGAUGUCUUUCAUUCCAGCUUCAUUGAUGUGUCAACUACAGCUAAACAGAAGUAAAAGCACAUUACUUUGAUUCAAUGGAACACUACCCCUUUGUUUUGGGUGAAAUAUUGUAGGGGCUCCGAACCUUGGUGGUGUUGAGAUUUACUAGAAUAGUUGGCUUUGGGGACUACUACUGGUUAAAUAAUUAUCUUAUUUUCAAGUAAGAA